AUGGCGAAGACAAGAGGAGGAGGUCAAGUUGGUUCUCGUCGUAGUAGACGUAAUCAAGGCUUGGAGGUAGAAGAUGUUACACCACCAGUUGCUCCUGCAACAACACUAAAGGUGAAUAAGAAGGUGAAUAAGAAAAGAAAAGCAAAGAAAGUGGGUACGAGAAGUAGUACUAGAAGCAAGAAAGUGGCUGCUCAAGAUGAUGAGGUAGAAGAUGUUACACCGCAAGAUAAUGUGGUUGAAGAACCGCAAGAUGAUGAGGUAGAAGAUGUUACACCGCAAGAUAAUGUGGUUGAAGAACCGCAAGAUGAUUUGGUUGAUAGUGUAACACCGGAAGUUGUGGAAGAAGAGAAGGGUAAUGACAAAGAAGAUGUAACACCGGAGGCUGAUCAGACUGAGAAUGCAAUGUCUGAAGAUGAGAAAGAAGAUUUUGAGAUAGAAGGAGAAGCUUGCUUGACUAGACAGGAACCGCAAGACGAUGAAGAAGAAGCUGCCAAUAUGGAAGAAGAUGGUGUUGACAAUGGUCAAGAUAAUGGGAUUCCUAUCAAUACUGAUGAAGGAAGUCAUCGUUUCUCAAAAGUUAUGAAUUACUCUUUCAUAGCGUUUUAUUUACGCUGUUAA